AUGGAAUUUACUGGAGACAUUGUUCUCAAGUAUACUUUGAGCGGUGAGGAGUACCUGUCUACAUUUGAGCAAUUAGAUAGCUCUGUCAACCGGUCCCUUGAGCUUGGCGUGGUUCACGGUAUAGCUAUCGCAUGUGGGGUCCUAUUGAUGGUUCUCUCAUGGGUCAUCAUAAUCAAGAAGAAAAAUCCGAUUUUCGUAUUGAACCAACUCACCUUGUUGCUCAUGGUCAUCAAGUCGUCUUUAUACCUUGCUUUCCUCUUUGGGCCGUUGAGUUCCCUCACUUACAAGUUCACCAGAGUACUCCCCCACGAUAAAUGGCACGCUUUCCAUGUAUACAUCGCCACGAACGUCAUUCACACGUUGCUCAUAGCAACAGUGGAGAUGACCUUGGUUUUCCAAAUCUACAUCAUCUUUAAGUCACCGGAAGUUCGCCACUUGGGCUAUAUAUUGACCGGUGCUGCUUCUGCUUUGGCCCUCACUAUCGUUGCCUUGUACAUCCACAGCACUGUCAUUUCAGCAGUGCAAUUGAAGGAGCAACUUUUGAUGCACGAAAUCAAGAUCACAAAUUCCUGGGUCAACAACGUGCCCAUCAUUUUGUUUUCGGCUUCCUUGAAUGUGGUGUGUAUCAUUCUCAUUGCUAAACUCGCCUUGGCCAUCAAGACCAGAAGGUACCUUGGGUUGAAGCAGUUUGACGGUUUGCACAUCUUGAUGAUCACCUCUACGCAAACGUUCAUUGUGCCCUCUGUAUUAAUGAUCGUCAACUACAAGCAGUCUUCUUCGUACCUGACGCUCUUGGCCAACAUAAGUGUCAUUCUCGUCGUUUGCAACCUUCCCUUGAGCUCAUUGUGGGCAGCUUCUGCAAACAACAGUUCUACACCGACUUCCUCCGCCAACACUGUCUUCUCCAGAUGGGACUCGAAGUUUUCUGACACAGAAACAAUCGCCCACGAGCUACCACUUAUUCCGGGCAAGGCCGAAAAGUUACAGUUGGUGAGCCCAAUCACUGAGAAAGGAGACACUCAUACAAUGUGCGAGUCCCACGGGGACCAGGACCUGAUCGAUAAGAUGCUUGACGACAUAGAAGGGGCCGUUAUGACUACGGAGUUCAACCUCAACAAUAGAACCGUCUAA